AUGAAGUCAAAAGACUCUUCUGCAUUUGAACAUGUAUUCGUUGGUGAACAUAAAAAUCUUGAUGUAAUUGGAUUACAUAAUUGGAUUCAAUUUUAUUUAAAAGAAAAGAAAAAUCAAUUAAACUUUUUUGGAUGGACUAGAAGAUUUUGUAAAGAUCAACUUAUCACUGUAACAUAUGUCAAUGAAAAUAAAUAUAAAAAGCCAAUUGGAAGUGUUUUUGUUGGAUCAUCUCCAGAAUUCGAUAUUGCUGUUUAUACGGUUGCUUUUACAUUACAUCCUACAUCUGUAUUUGACGUGAAUAUCGCUGGAUGUAAAGUACGUAUAACAUGUCAUGAAUUAUCUCCCUCUGAAAUGGGUACAUGUUAUAUGGGGUAAACAAUAUAUGUAUCUGAAUAAACAUUU